UUGUACAUAUCCGUGUCGCGAUGAUCCAUUUUUUUGCUUAGCAACCACACAAACAGUUUGAUAACUGCGUCUUGUAGUGAAAAUAUCUGUUAGAAAUAAGCCUUUUUCGUUGCCAUUUUGAUGACAUUCGCAUUUAAAUUUUUCAAAUCACAUGACCAGUGUUUAAAAUUAUGUAAAACAAUACAAUCUAAGCGAUUAACGAAUCGGUUUGUGGCUAUUUGUAGUGUGUUUCUAUAACCUGACAUAGCAACGCAUGAAGCCGUAGUCAUAGCCACGGAAAACGCCUCUUUCAUCAACAAAAAGUAAAAAAGAUUAUAAUAUUUGCGAGUACACGAGUAUCACAUGAAACCCGUCAAUAAUGAUGGCAACGUUUAGUGUCACUGAAAACACCAAUCGAAAUUCACCAUCGCCGACGAUGGCAACAGCCGGCCAGCUGUUAACAACCGGUGGCACUGCGACCAUAACCGUCGUAGCGAAUGCAUCCGGUCAGACCUUAUUAGUUCAACCAACCACUAUAGUAAAUACAUCACCACCCAGGCAUACCAUAUUGAAACAAGUCAGCGAAAUUACCAAUGAUCAACCGUCGCCAAAAUUAGACGCAGACGAUGUAAUUACAGAAACGAGCGAAGAUCGAGUUAUCGAAAGAGGAGCCAGAACCAUCGUUGAAAAUACUCAUUAUAUUACGGUUCCUGAAGGUACUGCAGCAGCUAGAUCAUAUACCUCAUUAACACCGGUUACUCCGUCCAUAGUACCAGAAACUGAAACUGUUGGUACAAAUGGGGUAUCUCACUCAACUUAUGUCCAGUAUGUGGAUGGUACAACAGACCAAACGAUCUAUACAACUAAUGGACAAAUGGCUUAUCCUGUAUACACCGUCAAUGAUACUGGAACAACGAUGUAUUCUCCAACUUCCGGCCAGUAUUAUCAAACAAACAGCGGUAGUCCGGUAGCAUAUUCUCAAGUAAUUAGAGUUGCUAAUAAUAUCAACCAAGGUAAUAAUCAAUCUCAAAUUAUUAACAAUGGUCCUUAUCUGAUACAACAAAACGUCGACAGUGAUCAUACUAUUAUUACUGCUACCACUGCGAGAAACACAUCUACGUCUGAUGUGUCAUAUUUGGUCAACUCAACUAGUACAAAUAACACGACUAAUAACGUAGUAGUAUCUGCUCCUAGUACGUCGAAUGAAACUGUGGCCAAUAACAACAAUUUACAGCAUUCUGCCGAUACAGCCAGCAACAUCAAUCAUAUCCCUAAGGUAUCUCCAGCCACCGUACAAUGGCUUUUAGAUAAUUACGAAACGGCGGACGGAGUAUCGCUACCUCGCUCAACUUUAUAUUAUUAUUAUAUGCACCAUUGCAGCGAAAGUAAAAUAGAUCCCGUGAAUGCUGCAUCGUUUGGCAAAUUAAUCAGAUCCGUAUUCGUAGGAUUAAGAACUAGACGUUUAGGAACCAGGGGUAAUUCCAAGUACCAUUAUUAUGGCAUACGUUUGAAACCAGACUCUCCUUUGAAUAAUUUAUCAGUGAAUGAAGAAAAUGGUACAUUCACUAAUCGAACUACCAACGGUAACACGUGCCAAACACAGAAACGUUUCAGAUCCAGCAAACCUGAAACAAACGACACUCAAUAUAAUACCGAACAAAAUCAUUCCACUUCUUCUUAUCAAUCUGUGUCAUCUCCAGAGUCUCAACACAAUCAAUUCUUGGGAGAUGGCGCCUCAGCGAUUCCAGAUUUUCCAGAGAUUACUUUCAAUAACGGAACACUACCGGAAGAUUGUUCGUUGGACGAUGUAGAUACUUUUCGUAGUAUUUAUCGAGAACAUUGUGAAAUGUUUUUACACGCUAUUGAAAAUUUAGAAUUUUCAACCAUCAAAUCGUUGUGGCGAGAGUUUUGGCGUUGUCAAGAUAGUUUGGAUGAUUGCGAAGAAGAAAGAUAUCUAUCUAAAACGAAACUGUAUCAGCUGUCGAAAUGCCUGGAAGUUCAAGAUUUCGUUCGUUAUGUCGAUUAUCGUUUUUAUCAGAAUCUAGUCACUGUUCUAGUCCCCGACGUAUUACGAUCGAUCCCAAGUUCCUUAACUCAGUCCAUCCGUAAUUUUGCCAAAAGUUUAGAAACAUGGUUGUCAUCUGCCAUGGUUGACUGCCCUCGAGAAAUGACCGUUAUCAAGUCAAAUACGGUCAGCGCGUUUUCGCAAACACUUCGACGUUACACAUCGCUGAAUCAUUUAGCUCAAGCUGCUCGAGCUGUUUUACAAAAUUCCGCCCAAAUAAAUCAAAUGUUGACUGAUUUAAAUCGAGUUGAUUUUCAUAACGUUCAAGAACAGGCAUCCUGGGUCUCCCAAUGUGAUACUAAUCUGGUCAGACGAUUGGAGGAAGAUUUCAAGAUCACUUUACAGCAACAAAAUUCUCUGGAAGAAUGGGCCAAUUGGUUGAAAAACGUCGUCGAUGAAGUAUUAAAACCACACGUUGGUAAAAAGUCGUACAUCAAAGCAGCUCGUCAGUUUUUAUUGAAAUGGUCAUUUUACAGUUCCAUGGUUAUUCGUGAUUUGACUUUGAGAAGUGCCUCUAGUUUCGGAUCGUUUCAUUUAAUUAGAUUAUUGUACGAUGAAUAUAUGUUCUAUGUGAUUGAACAUCUUGUUGCCAAAGCUACCGGCGAGACUCCUAUGGCGGUUAUGGGAGAAUCUUUUUUCCAGAAAUAUCUAACAGCGACUCCGGAAUACGUCAACUUUGAUGUUACUAUCAACGAUACUUCAGACUGUAACGAUGGCUCGAUCACGAUCGAAGCAUUAGACAGCGAUUCGUCCAAUUUAUUGCUCGCUUCUAACGAUAUCAUGGAGAUAGGAUCGCCCAAAAGGAUGAAAUUAUAAUGGUGAAUGUGCAAGUACUUGAUGUACCAUGUACUUACCUAGCUAUAAUUUCCGUAGUAAGUUUCUGAUUUAUUUUCAUUCGAGAUGUGGGCUCCGAUGAGGCCAAAUAUAAGUAUGAUGUUUAGUUCCUUAUUCGUUCUUUUCGCUAAGGCAAGGCUGCAUUUUAUUUUAAAAAAUGAACGCGAUUCAAUUUUAAAAACGCGUUCGGUACCUACCUUAUAAUUUAUUUAUUUUUUGUAACUAAAUUAUUUGAAUGUUCGAUGUGAUUUUAUGUUUUCCUUUUGCCAUUUUCUUUCGAGUUAUAUGUGUGCUAUCUGGUCUUAUUUAAAUGUCUGUAACAUUGAACUUACCUAGGUAGUUAAUUGGCAUAAUAUUUUCGCGGUUAAAGAUUACUUUUAAUUGCUUCUUAAACGUGAUUUCGAGUCAGUUUUAAAUGAUAUUUUAACGAAUUAUUUAUAUAAAUUAAUGUGCGCGUGUGUUUUUAUUCAAAGAUUAAUUUGCUUAGGAUUUUUUUACCUUUUUUUUUUUCUGCAAUGACACGACCGUUUAUGGUUUCAACUCUUUUAUAUUUUACUCGAUUUUAUUCUCUAUAAAUUCUUACAGGGUUGUUGAACGAUGCGAAUUUUAAUUUAUUAUACUUUCUUAUUAUGCAUACUUGAAAUCUAAUUAUUGUUCGAUUCUUUUAUGGUACCACAUACGAGCAAAUACCUAUUCCUAGAGUAUAUUUUGGUUUAACGUACCUAUUACCUACGUAGAAAGUUUAUUUCAAUACAGACAAUAAUUCGAGUCGAAGGAAACAUUUAUAACGGUUGUACUGUUGAUAUAUUAUAUAUUUUUUAAAAAGUCUGUGUUGAAUUGUAAGACGUGUUCUCAUCAAGUUUCCUCGCAUAUUACAGGAUCAUGUUUCGCAUCUGUAUUAAUACAUUAUUAUUUUAAGCGAUAAAAAAAAAUAAUAGUACUUAUUUAUGUGUGCAGUUUUUUUUCUCAAUUUCACUGCUUUUUGUGUGCUAUCGUUUGCGUGUACUUACCUUAUUUACCUAUUUAUUUUUUACGAAGUCCAUGUUUGUGAAAAAAAAUGCAAUUCACAGGAUGGUUUAAUUAAGGUGAUCACAAAAUAGAAAAUUUUGUUGAGCGAU